AUGGCGGUUGACGGGAAUGUGGCAAUACCUUUGCGUAAUUCGCGGAUUGGCGUCAGGGUUUGUCCUCGAUACAUUCGUACACAAAGCUCCCCCACCGUCACACAGCUUGAAGAUGCCAAGUAUCUUGGUCGGUGGUAUCAGAUGUGGUCCAGCGAGUCAGUGGGGAAAUGGUUUGAACAGGGAGCGAAAUGUGUGACGGCGGACUAUGGCCUCAGUGGUGACGGUCGCAUCACCGUCCUUAACUCAGAGCGAGUUAGCAGCCCUACUGGUCACCUCAAGGUCAUCCACGGUUUCGUCAACAAGACUGCAACUGUCGGACAGCUGAAGGUUACUCUUGAAACAGUCCCUUUCGCAGCCCCAUACUGGGUGCUGAAACUGGGCCCACCUACAUUCGGCGCAAACAAGCAAUACCAGUACAGCAUCGUCAGUGACAACAUCGAAGGGACCCUGUUCGUACUGGCACGUGACCGGCAGGUUUUCCAAACCCAGUACGAGGCUGAAGUGCUCAAAUACCUCAGUGAACAGGGAUUCACAACAUUCUACAACAAACCAAUCCGCACUUACCAGGGAUCAGAUUGUGUUUACAACUCAGAUUCACAAUAA